UUGAAGCUCAUUAGAGUUGAAGCUGUUUGAGUCGAGAGUUGGGCUUCUCAAUUUGACAUUUUGGUUGAAAUCAUUCAUCUUUUUUAGAAUUUUUAGAAUUUUUUUUGUUUCUGGUGUUUUUUUCUGUGAUUAGAAUAAUCAACAAUGGCCAGUGCGAUGACCUCACCACAACCUGAAGCCCAUACAACGGAGAAGCCAGUUAUUGAUCUACCAAAAUUACCUAAAAAAAAGAAAACCCGAUGUACUCAAUGUAAAGUUAGUGUAGGAGUUAUAGGUUUUCCUUGUCGCUGUGGAGGAAUUUUUUGUUCAACUCAUCGUUAUGCUAACGAACAUAGUUGCAGUUUCGAUUAUAAAGAACAUGGAGCCGAGGAGAUACGUAAAAAUAAUCCACAAGUGGUCGGAGAGAAGAUUCAAAAAAUUUAAAACUACAAUCACAAUGACUCUUGAUGAUCGAUCCUCCAAGAUUACAAACAACAAAAAUUAAAGCAUUACAAGAUUUAAAACGCUCUUGUCUCUGCUUAUCCAUAAUCAAUUAAUUGUCGCCUAAUUCAAAAAAAAAAGUACAAGAUCCUAGGCUCAAGGUUGUUUAUAUUGAAAUUCUGCUUCAAACAAACAAACAAACAAAACAAAAAAUAAAUCACAGUUAAUGGAAAUGCAUUUAACUUGAUUAACUUACUGUAAACAAUUAAGAUUCUCAAUUAAAAGUAACCACUGAUAAAAGAGGAA